CACUAACCUGGGGGAAAACCAGCAGCAUCCACCACCAAAAUGCAACAAAUACUUUUCUCCCAAAGAUCAGUCCCAAGGCUUGCUCCUUAUAUCCAGAAAAACCCAGCUGCAACCCAUCUCUUGCAUCCCUCCACCCUUAAUUGCUCUCACCCAUGAAGACUUACAGAUUACUCAACCCUUUAGAACUUAGCAUUAACCCUUCCAUCACCAACUGCUAGGCCUACCACCAACAACCACCAUCAGCUGCAGAACAUGAUACAUGACACUCAGCCAAUUAUAGAUCCAUCUAAUUGUAGCCUUGCCCAGCCCACAUUGGACUAGUUUGCUUGCAAGAAGGUCAUGGGGGACUUUGUCAAAGGAAGGCCUUUCUGAAAUCAAGAUAUACUACAUCCACAGCGUUCCCUGCAUCUACUAAGCUUGUAACUCUAUUGAAAAUCAGAUGAGCCUGGCAGGAUUUGUUUUUGAGAGAUCCAUGCUGACUUUGAGUGAUCCCAGCCUUCCUUCCUAAGUGAUUGCAGGCUGCCUCCUUCAUGAUCUGUCCCAGAAUCUUUCCUGGUCAACUUGUUGUCCACCAGUGCUCUCAUGACCUUUGCCCCCUCCCUGAGGAAGCUGCUGGGCUGAGUGUGACAUCACAGCCUUGGCAGCUGGCCCCGCCCCCAGGGAUGUCUCUGUGAUGCGUGCCGCAGCAUCACCUGUGGGGCUCCAGCCAAAGAAGUGGGCUGCUUGCCUCCCUUGGUGGUAUCAUAUAUCCUGGGGAGAAGCCAAUGGCGAAAGGGGUCCCGAGCAGCAUCUACGACGUGGGUGAGAUGUUGGGCCUGGAGAAGGGCCCUCUGUGCCGUUUGAUCCAUUCCUCGGUCUACAACCUUUUCCCCAAAUCAGCCGUUUUUGAGAGCAACUUUCUCCAGGUGACCAAGAAGGGGAGGUGGGUCAGCAUCACCAACCUGCCCACCGUGGUGACCAUGGGGCUGACCUCCACGGACCCCUCCCUCCCGCUGCCCAAUGUCCUGGUGAUGGCCAAGCACCGGCGGACCCCCGGCAGAAGGGAGGACCUCCGGCAGCCCACCUUGGAGCUGACCAGGAUGCUUCCCUUGCGCUACCUGCGGCUGUCUGUCCGGAACGCCCGUCAGCGCAUCCUGCGCCUGCAGAUGGUUUCCCGGAGCGACUUCUUCCUGCAGCUGCACCCGGACCACCCUGCCGUGGUCUUUGCCUUCUGGGCCCGGCUGGCCGACAUCCUGGAGUGCGGCCUCUCCAUCCGCCACGGCCUCACGCCCAGGCGGCCACGCAGCCGAAGCAGCAGCAGCAGCUCCUCUUCCGACGAGGGACUGGUGAAGAGCGUCAGCAAGAAGGUGUCGGGCCUCGUCUCCCAGAUUUCGGGGAAAACGGCAAAGAAAAAGGAAAUGCAGAGAAGGGCUUCCUUCCUGAAGGAGGAGAAGGAGGCAAUGCGUGAUUUGUCCAGUGACCUGAGAGUGCUCUUCUGUGACAUGCCUCCUCCGCUGUUGUGUGCUCGGUGCAAGGGCCACCUGUCCCAGAGCCGCCUGCACAGAAGGAGCUUCAGCGAGGAGCGGGCCCCCCGUGGUCACUCGGAGCGUAGCUUCCUCCGCCACCAGCUCUGGACUGACCGGCAGCGCUCUUGCAUCUGGCCACAGGAGAGCCCCGAGUGGCCCCAACCCUCCUUUCGCCGCCCCAGCAGUUUGGCCACCACCACCACCACCAGGAGGAGGAGGAGACAUUAGCCCUGGCCGAGGAUGGGCAUGACGUGCCUGCCCACCCAUCCACCCACAUUAUGCUUGCUUACAAUUUGUAUUUUUAAUAGGUACUCAAUUGUCGUGUUUGUUAUUGUAGUUGGUUAAAUGUACACCUGCGGUGUGUUGUUGAAGGCUUUCAUGGCUGAAA